UCGAGCUUCUCUCGUCGACCUGGCACAGCGCGUGCGCACUCGCUGCACCCAACCGUGCAAAGCAGUGACGGGGUCGCACGUCUCCCCUCUCACUUCUCUCCCCACCGAAGAAGCUAGGGUUUUGGUGCUGUCGUCGUGCUCGUCUCGCCUCCUCGCCGGGCUCACCGCGCCCUCCUCCACCGGGAUUGAGUGCCGGCCGUGUCCUCCGCCGGUCCCCCUCCAUCUCUCCCGCCGGUCGUCAUCCGUCUCUCCCGCCGGUCGCCCUCCGUCUCCCGCGCCGGUCGUCGUCCGUCUCCCGCCGGUCGCCCUCCAUCUGUCUCUCCCGCCGGUUGUCCCAUUCCCCUUCUUCCUCUCUUCCGGUACUUUGCCUCAGAAUAACAGUGAUGUGUCAAAAUCUAUGGUAGGUCAGCUGCAAGCAUCUGAGCAGGAAGGAAAUGCCCAAGCAAACCAACAAUUGGUGCAACAACAUGUGAAUUUAGCUGGACAGUUGUCUCAACCAAACUUGGUAACUGAAGGUUUGGCAAAUGAAAUACCUACCCAAUUAGCGGAACCCAAUCACCAGCCAGAACAAGAAGCGCCCCAUUCUGAAAACCAUCAAAUACAGGCAGAGACAAACAGCUUCCAGUUGGCUGAAAAAGAAACAGGCUAUGCUGGUCUACCAAAUUAUGCAGGCCCCAAGGCGGAUGUGGCUCAGACUUCAGGAGAUCAACAAGAAGUAAAGCAAAUGGUUGGUCAGCAAGCGCCACCUGGUGCCCAGGAUGCAAGGAAGCGGGGAUAUCAACCUUCUAUACCAUUUAAUAUGUUGAUUCCAAUCCUGCAGGCUCAUCUUGACAGAGACAAGGAUAUGCAGCUUCAAACUGUGUGGGCAAAACUUAGGCGUAAUGAAGUUCAUAAAGAUGAUUUCUUGAGAGUCAUCAGGAACAUCGUUGGAGAUCAAAUGCUCAAGCAGGCAGCCCAUAAAGUUUUUGCACAGAUGCAAGCCCAGGCACAAAGAAGUGGCCAGGCAAAUGUAAAUCAGCAGGCUAAUGUAAAUCAGCAGGCUAAUGCAAAUCAGUACUCUUUACCAUCACAAGUAUCGUCCAGCGGUUCAGCUCAAUUACAUGAUCAACAAGUUCACAUGUCCACCACACCUAACCAGGGCCAGAAAAGCCAAGCAUUAUCUUCAUCUCAAGCCUUUGUGCCAUCUGGCCCUCAGGUACAAAGCAGUAUGACUGCUCUUGAUAAUUCUAUCCAACGGCCAGAUGUGAAGGGGAUGCAUGCUAUGCCAAACCGACCACCUGCUAUGAACUCAGCAAUUUCUGCACAAAUGAUUAACAAACAGCAGCAACCCACACAAGUACAGCAAGCCUCACAGCAAAUAUAUGGGACAACUAACCGCGCUGACCAGCCAUCCACUAGGCCAACCAGUGGUUCUACACCUCUUACAUCACUGAGUUCAGAAUCAGAAAUAAGGCCUUCUUUGCAUCCUCAUGGAAUGGUUCCUGCAAAAAUUGGGACAGUUCCUACUCAUCCGAUGACACAACACAAUGCAGCUGCGCAGCAAAUGCAACAAAACAAAGAUUCGAAAAGUAAUGCUUCUAAUCCAAGAAGUAAUGCAAAAGAUUCGGGGUCUGCAGGUAAGGCUCGCCAAGUUGGCGUUGGAGGUUCUUCAGCAAAAUCACAAGGAAAGCAGGCCCCCCCUAACGUGUCCGCAUCACCUGCUGCAAGGACUAACAAGAAAUCCGCCGGGCAGAAAAAGUCAUUAGACACAGCAGGAUCUACACCGCCACCUCCUAGCAAAAAGCAGAAGACUUCUGGAACCUUCCAGGAACAAAGCAUUGACCAACUUAAUGAUGUCACUGCUGUUAGUGGUGUUAAUCUUAGGGAAGAAGAAGAACAGCUACUCUCUGCCCCAAAGGAAGAGAGCUGGGCCUCGGAAGAAGCACGAAGAAUUGCACAGGAAGAAGAUGAGAAACUUUUUCUGCAAAAAGGCCCACUUCUGAAGAAGCUAGCAGAAAUCAUUCCUAAAUGCAAUUUGAAGAACAUGGGCAAUGAUGUUGAGCAUUGUUUAUCAAUGUGCGUGGAGGAGCGACUGCAAAGAUUUAUCAGUACUCUUAUAAGAGUUUCGAAGCAGAGAAUUGACACAGAAAAGACUGGCCAUCGACUAGUUAUAACGUCAGAUGUUGGAAGGCAAAUUUUCCGAAUGAACCAGAAAGCUAAAGAAGAAUGGGAUAAAAAACAAGCAGAAGAAACAGACAAGAACAAGAAACAAAAUGAGGUUGAUGGCAGUGGUACUGCAGAAUUAGACAAAGAAAAAGAGGAAACUCGUCCAAAGAAUGCAAAGCCCAACAAAGAAGAAGAUGACAAGAUGAGAACAACAGCUGCUAAUGUUGCUGCCCGACAGGCAGUUGGAGGAAGUGAUAUGCUGUCCAAAUGGCAACUGAUGGCUGAACAAGCUAGACAGAAACGCGAAGGCAUUGAUCCAGCUUCUGCUUCACAGCGCGGGACAGCUUCCAGGCCAUUGCAUAUGGCUGGAAAAGGUCCCGCAGACCACCGCGAAGCUUCAAAGAGGACCCAUCCCGCAGCGUUUGGAACUGGAAGCAUGAACAGGCAAGGUAGGGGUCCAUUCGCAGCGUCUCAACCAAAAGGACCACAGCGAACCAUUUCUAUGAAAGAUGUAAUAUGUGUCCUUGAGAGGGAGCCUCAGAUGACGAAGUCGAGGCUGAUAUAUCGGCUCUAUGAGCGGCGACCUGGAGAUACCACCAGAGAUUAGGCUUGAACAGUUAUUUAUUUGGUGUAUGUAUGCCCAUUUCGUGUAACAAUAUCGAGUCACAAUAUCUAGCUGACAUGAUUACGCCAUAAAGUAUGAACAGUUCAACGCAUACUGCCAACAAAAUGGUUCUGUAAAGAUUAUUACAGUGUAACAUAUGACAACAUAGCUGACUGCUGCCUGCUGGGGCAUGUUCUUGCUCA